CACCAGUCACUGGAAGUCUCUAGAAGAAAAGGCCUCUCUAUCUCCAGAAAACACAAAACUAUUACAGAACUGGUCUGGGUAGUCAUAAGGCACCCUGACACCUCACAUUCGUUACCUGAGUGCUCGGGGUAGCUGCAGGACCAUGUAAACUAGGCGUGCUUGUCCACCAAGAAAGAGUUCAAUGGGAAGAGUGUCUGCACGUGACACUGUUAUUGUUUGUUGGUAGGUGUGGGUGUGGGGGAAAGUUCAGACAGGAUUCCAACCAUCUAUGUUAUUACUGGUCUCAUCAGCAUAUGAUCCUGUUCCAGCUCCGUGUAGGACCUCAUGAAUGGGACUUUGGCACCUCAAGCAAUAGGAGGGAGAAACUAUGGAGGGAUGGUGAGCUGUCAGGAAGCAGCAGUAUCCACCUUCCAGACACCACCACGCCAUCGCCUGCAGGACUGUAUUUUGAGCCUGAACCAAUGUCUUCCACGCCCAGUUAUUUUCAAGCCCGAGAAUUUUCCACCUGUGUCUCUUGUGAAGAAAGUCCUAGCUGCCUCGACCAGAUCUUCGAGUCCUACCUUCAGACAGACACACUCCCGGAGCCUUUGCUCAACUCUGCACAAAUUGAUCCCCACUAUUUCCCAGAGAGCUGUCAAGUGGCCCCUUUCUGCCAUACCCAGAGCCUGAUUCCAGGAUCGCCUUCAGAUUCCUCCAGUCUCUCUGGCUCCUUUGACUGCAGUUACUCACCAGCUCAGCUGCCUUCUUACACUCCAGAAAAUUACACCUCUCCUCCUUCUCUGGAUCCCCUACACUCCAGCCUCCCAGAAGAAGGCUAUUUCUGCCAGCAUUGGCCUUCUCACCCCCAGGACAACCAUGCCUCCCCAGCCACCCUCUCCUCUGUUUGCUACUACGCAUCCUGUGAGGCAGAGCAUUUGGAUGCCCUCAGAACCACAGAGUUCUUCUCCUACUCUGCUAUGGACUGUAUGGACUUGGUCCCUCCAACGGCCGCCACUGGUGAUUUCUAUAAGAGGGAAUCAAGCUGUGAUGCCUGCUAUAGUUAAUAGAAAACACACUGGAAUGUGUCAUGAGUGUGUCACUUUCUCUACUACAUCUAGAUGACACUUCAAAACUUUCAACCCAUUCACAAACUUCCCCACAUAUGGUUUACAUUUCACUAUUUUCAAUCACCUGAUAGCUAGCAUAGGAAUGACACAAUGCCCUCAGACUUGGUCUUGUGACACUCUUAUUUUAUACACUCAACUGUUAAAUUUUUUUGUAUGGAUUUUGCUAGUGCCUUCCUUCUCAGUAUAACGAACAAACUCUU